AUGGAAAUAGAGCAGGAAGUCAAAGAACCAGAGGUGACAGGCAACGUUAAGAGAAUCUUAAAGAAGCUACAAAUGGUCGAUCUAGAAAUCAUCUCAGAUCUCCGAGGGAUCAGCUAUGACCCUCUAAAAGCCCCAGCUGAGCUUGAUAUACCAAAGGCCGAGGAAAAGGGUCAUAAUAUACUAGAAUUUCUUAAAACUCAAACUAACACAACUGAAAUUGAGGUUUAUAAGAAAAGUUCUAGCAAAACUAAGAAUCCUUUCAAGUGCCCAAGAGAUGACCAGAGACUUCUGUUGGAUAAUAAGGAAAGAAAGGUCAUUACAGAAGAAAAACGGAAAUAAAUGCCCUCUUCAUAAACAUGUCAGCAAGCAUGACCGUGAAGGGUUAAUAAAGCAAUUCAGAGCAAUCCCACCUAAGAAAUUAUCACGAAAGGAUAUCAAGAGGUUGAAGAAGGUACAUAAAUUAACACAUCCGGUUGGAGAGGAACCUUCGAAGGAGCUAUCUCCUCGAAGGCUUAAGAAGUAUGUACGUAAGCCUCGUGUGGAUACCUUGACUCCUCCCUUCUUAUUCUAAACCAGUCCCCAAGUUCAGAUUCUAAUUUCAA